CCAGCCUGUUGUUCCUCUUCUCUCCUCUUCUCUUUGCGGGACUGACCAUCAGACAGAGCCCCCUGUCUCUCCCUGGAGUGCCCCCCCCCCUCGGCUGGGUGAGUGGCGGGCCGGCAGUUGUGCGGUGAGCGGGCGUGCGAUGGCGCGGCGGGACGCUGAGGCUUGUAGCCACCGCCGUCGUGGAUUGUGAUGUCACAGGUGGGCAGCCCGGGCGAGAGCCAGCGCGGCGCUCCCAGAUUCUUCGUGGGCGAGGAGGACGAUGAGAGCGAGGGAACGGACCACGGCUGCAGCAUGAGGACCGAAGUGGAUCUGUACGAGGACGACGAGGAGGGCGACUCGCCUCCGGAGAGGCAGAUCGUGGUGGGGAUCUGCUGCAUGAUGAAGAAGUCCAAGUCCAAACCCAUGACUCAGAUCCUGGAGAGGCUGUGUCGCUUCGAGUACAUCACCGUGGUGAUCUUCCCCGAGGACGCCAUCCUCAACGAGCCAGUGGAGAAGUGGCCACUCUGUGACUGUCUCAUCUCUUUCCACUCCAAAGGCUUUCCGCUGGAUAAAGCUGUGAGCUACGCCAAACUCAGAAACCCACUGCUGAUCAAUGACCUGAACAUGCAGUACUACAUACAAGACAGGAGAGAGGUGUACCGUAUCCUUCAGGAGGAGGGCAUUGACCUGCCGCGCUACGCCGUGCUCAACCGGGACCCAGACAAACCGCAAGAGUGUAAUUUGGUGGAAGGAGAGGACCACGUGGAGGUGAAUGGGGAGGUGUUCCCCAAGCCGUUCGUGGAGAAGCCGGUCUCCGCUGAGGACCACAACGUCUACAUCUACUACCCCACCUCAGCGGGCGGGGGCAGCCAGAGACUCUUCCGGAAGAUUGGCAGCAGGAGCAGUGUGUAUUCUCCCGAGAGCAACGUCAGGAAAACUGGCUCUUACAUCUAUGAGGAAUUCAUGCCCACAGAUGGCACAGAUGUUAAGGUGUACACGGUGGGGCCUGAUUACGCGCACGCGGAGGCCCGCAAGUCGCCGGCGCUGGACGGGAAGGUGGAGAGGGACAGCGAGGGCAAGGAGAUCCGAUACCCCGUCAUGCUCACCGCCAUGGAGAAACUGGUGGCUCGGAAAGUCUGCCUGGCCUUCAAGCAAACCGUGUGUGGCUUUGACCUGCUCCGAGCCAACGGCCACUCUUAUGUGUGUGACGUCAACGGAUUCAGCUUUGUUAAGAACUCCAUGAAGUACUACGACGACUGUGCCAAAAUUCUGGGGAACCUUGUGAUGAGGGAUCUGGCCCCGCAGUUUCAGAUUCCCUGGUCCAUCCCCACCGAGGCCGAAGACAUCCCCAUCGUCCCCACCACCUCGGGCACCAUGAUGGAGCUGAGAUGUGUCAUUGCUGUGAUCCGACACGGGGAUCGCACCCCGAAACAAAAAAUGAAGAUGGAGGUCCGCAACCCCAUGUUCUUUGAGUUGUUUGAGAAGUAUGGGGGCUACAAGACAGGCAAACUGAAGCUGAAGAAACCCAAACAGCUGCAGGAAGUGCUGGACAUCGCCCGGCUGCUGCUGCUGGACCUGGGGCAGCACACAGACUGCGAGGUGGAGGAGAAGAAGUCAAGACUGGAGCAGCUCAAGACCGUGCUGGAGAUGUAUGGCCAUUUCUCUGGGAUAAAUCGGAAGGUUCAGCUGACCUAUCUGCCACAUGGGCAGCCCAAGACCUCCAGUGAGGAAGAGGACGUCCAUAGUGAGGAGCCCUCCCUGCUGCUGGUGCUGAAGUGGGGGGGCGAGCUGACCCCUGCAGGCCGGGUGCAGGCAGAGGAGCUGGGGAGAGCUUUCCGCUGCAUGUACCCUGGAGGACAGGGAGACUACGCAGGGUUUCCUGGUUGUGGUCUGCUCAGGCUUCACAGCACCUACCGGCACGACCUCAAGAUCUACGCGUCUGACGAGGGACGGGUGCAGAUGACCGCGGCGGCCUUUGCCAAGGGACUGCUGGCGCUGGAAGGCGAGCUGACCCCCAUCCUGGUGCAGAUGGUGAAGAGCGCCAACAUGAACGGCCUGCUGGACAACGACAUCGACUCGCUCAGCAGCUGCCAGCACCGCGUCAAGGGACGGCUGCACGAGAUCAUGCAGAAGGAUCAGGACUUCACCGACGAGGAGUAUGAUAAGUUGUCCCCCACAGCUAGCUGCUCUCUGAUGAACUCCAUGAAGGCGGUGGGGAACCCCGUGUCCACGUGCGACAAAGUCUACGGCCUCAUCCAGAGCCUCACCUCACAGAUCCGUAAAAAGAUGGAGGACCCCAAGUCCGCAGACCUGCAGCUGUACCACAGCGAGUCACUGGAGCUGAUGCUGCAGCGCUGGGCCAAGCUGGAGCGCGACUUCCGCAUGAAGAGCGGCCGCUAUGACAUCAGCAAGAUCCCCGACAUCUACGACUGCAUCAAGUACGACGGGCAGCACAACUCCUCCCUGGGCCUGGAGAACACCCUGGAGCUGUUCACGCUCUCGCGUGCGCUGGCUGACAUUGUCAUACCACAGGAGUAUGGCAUUAAUAAAGUGGAGAAGCUGGAUAUUGCCUACGCUUACUGCCUCCCUCUGGUCAAGAAGAUUCAGCUGGACCUGCAGAGGACCCAUGAGGACGAGUCUGUCAACAAGCUGCACCCUCUGUACUCAAGGGGAGUCCUGUCUCCAGGAAGACAUGUGCGCACACGUCUCUACUUCACCAGCGAGAGUCAUGUACAUUCUCUACUCAGUAUCUUCCGCUUUGGAGGCCUUCUCGAUGAGGAGAAUGAUCAGCAGUGGAAGAGGGCGAUGGACUACUUGAGCGCCGUCUCUGAGCUCAACUACAUGACUCAGAUAGUGAUCAUGCUCUACGAGGACAACAACAAGGACCCGUCGUCUGAGGAGCGCUUCCACGUGGAGCUGCACUUCAGCCCCGGCGUGAAGGUGAGCGAGGAAGAGAACGCCCCCAUGGGCUUCGGCUUCAGACCAGCCUCCAGCGAGAAUGAGCAGAAACAGACAGACCCUGGCAGCCUAGAGAAUCUGUCUGGAGAUGAGCCGGACCGCGCCCUGCCUCUCUCUGACUUGGUCACACAAAGACAGUCCCAACUCACCCGCAACAGGAAGACUGGAUCUAUGGAGGUUCUGUCUGAGACGUCCUCCUCUAAAGGGGGGAACUACCGCCUCUUCUCCUCCUGCUCACGCCAGUCCCCUGAGAUGAAACAGAGUGGCUUAGGCUCCCAGUGUGCGGGCCUGUUCAGCACCACCGUGCUGGGGGGCUCCUCUAGUGCCCCCAACCUGCAGGACUACGCGCGCACCCACCGCAAAAAAUACUCCUCCGGAAGCUUGUCGUAUAAAGACGAGUUGUUGUGUAUGCCGGCAGUAAAGCGAUUUUCUGUGUCGUUUGCAAAGCAUCCGACUAAUGGUUUUGAAGGCUGCUCUAUGGUGCCCUCUAUCUACCCUCUGGAGACGCUGCACAACUCACUCUCACUCAAACAGGUGGACGAGUUUCUCACCGCAGUGUGUGAGAGUGCUGGAUACUCACAUGCCAGAACCACCAGAGCUCUGUCGGCCAUGUUUGAUGUUAGCCAACAGCCAAACGUGGACUCCUACAUUCCCCAGCGCGUGCUCUCCUCCUCCGUGUCGCUACGGCAACGCUCCGACAGGCCUCCAUGGUACAGCAGCGGCCCCUCCAGCACCGUAUCCAGUGCGGGCCCGUCCUCGCCCACCACGGCCGACACGUCGCCCCGCUUCAGCUUCAGCGAGAAGACCCCCCUGACCCCCCAGAGCAGCGAGGAGGCCCACUCCGCCCAGCAAAGCCUCCACAACCCCCCCACCAGCCCCCCCACACACCCCAUCAGUGUCGGGGGCGUCCCGGAGGAUCACUCUCCCUCGGAGGGCCCGGCGGAGAAGGGGGAGGGUGGGGUUUGGGCCGGGGCAGACGUGGGUGGCGAUGGAGCUACCAAACAUCCCAGAGAGGAGGAACCGUCAGACGAAAACACAGCCGACGAGCAAGAUGUGAAGCCAGCAAAGGAACCGAAGGAGGACCGGGAGGCGCUGGAGGAGGAGGAGGAGGAGGAAGAGGGCGCCGCGCUGAGCCCCGGGCUGCCGUGCCCGUCCCUGCUGGGGCUGGUGCGUGGGGAACCCCUGUGCUCGGUGCCGGGCUCGCUGCCGGUGCUGCUGGAGCUGAGGGAGAGCAGCUCCGAGGCGGAGACGCCCCUCUCGCCCGACGAGCAGGAGUUCUUCGACACGCAGGAGGCGAUGGAGGAGCCCUGGAGGAGCAGCCCCACGCCCGUCGCCCUGCCGCACCCCGGCACCCCGCUGGAGGUGGGGGGGGCUCCCCACGUGCCUGAACCCUGAACCAGAGGGGACGAAAGGGACGGACAGAUAGAUAGAUAGGAAGAGAAAGAAAGUCAGAAGACGGGAGAAGAGUGACAAACAUGAGGAAAAGACGAUAGCUCCAUGUCACACAAACAAAAGGCUGGAGAUGAGGAAGAGUGAGGAAAGAAGGAAUUGGGAAAAAAAAGAAGUGCGGAGGAGAGGAAAAGAUGAACAUGCGUGGAGCCUCUGCGUGUCUAAAGACAAAUAGACAGACUGUUUUAGGCAUCCAUCCAUCCAUCCACCCUUCCUCUCCCCAGCGUGUGCUCUUUUAGUGCUGUGUCCAGAGCCGGUAGUCUUGUGUCUCAGUGUCCAGCCUCUCAAGUUGCUUCAAAGUGAAGUCCUGUGCCCUUUGUGACAUCACACCUGUCUCCAUAGCAACAGCAACAUUGAAGGUCACCCCCAGACAUGUGUUGUGAUGUGACUUAUAAGGAAGGGGGGACUGUGUCGAGCUUAUGUUGGAAGGGUCGUUCAAGGACCUAAGUGAAGAACUUGGUUAUUCCCUUUCAGUGGGAAUCAAAGUGGACUGCCAUCGCUUCUGAAGUGUACGAGUGACAUUUAGACACAGAGCCGCUUGAUUAAAUCAGCCCCUGGGUACAUGAACAAAGAAUUCUCUCUCUUCUGUUGAGGUGUUUGCCCGCCGCUUGUCGGCGAGGAAGGUCCAGACGCUUGGUUGACCAAAACUAAAACAAAAAUGGCCACCUGUUGUGAUCGCCCUGCUUUUCAGAGAGUGUUCUCUUACUCCAAGGAAGUAUGUUCUCUUACUCCAUGGUGCACCAGAAAAAACCCAGCAGAUUUGGUCAAGAGAGCGAGAGCUGUGAAAUGCAGAGUCCCAUCCCCCCCCUCUCCUCUCCUCUCCUCUCACUGACUGACCUGUGUGCAGCUGACCAUGCUCUGACUAGUGCCAUUGCAAAUGUUCUCCCCUACGCUCGCCCCGCCUCUGGACCGGCAUGCAACUGACAUUUUGCCUUUUAUUCCUGUGUGUUUGUGUGUGUGUGUGUGUGUGUGUGUGUGUGUGUGUGUGUGUGUGUGUGUGUGUGUGUGUGUGUGUGUUCCUGUCGGGUUUGUUUUUGUGUCAGGUGUGCUUCAGUAGCUUCACAGGAGGCUGGAAAUGCCCCCACCCCCACCCCCACCCCCAGAUAUAGCGCCAGCAGGGUAGAGGAGCUCUAGCCGUGCACCGUCUCUGUCUUUAUCUUUCUCUCUGCCACAGCUGGCCUUGCCCUCCGCUAGAGGAGUGUGCUUCACUCGCUCAAUCACUGCCAGUCUCUGCCAGGCACACAUUUGAAGCUUAAACACACACACACCCCCCCACACACAUACACACACUCUCUCUCACAGACUUGCAAAUUCUCUCUCAUACAGACACACACACACUUUUGUGUGCUCUCUCUCUCUCUCUCACUCACACACACACACACACACUGACAUACACACACUCUCUCUUACAGACACACACACACACACACACACACACUCAUACAACAUUUAGUACUGCUUCUGCCAAAGUCUCUUCUGCCUUGCCCACCAUCAAAGCUUAUAAAAAAUCAUUUUUGCAAAUGAUGUAUAAAAACGAUGCACACACACACACAUAUAUAUAAAUAUAUAUAUAUAUAAAUAUAUAAUGAGAGAGAUGGAUGAAUUUAUCAGAAGUUAAUAUGUUUAGAUUUACAGUAUUUAUCUGCAAAUGUAAAUUGAUAUUUUUAAUGUUGAGAGACAACAAAUGAGAUACUGUUGCAGUUUGACCCCGUGCUGUAUCUGGUUUCUAUUUUUGUAAAUUAACAAACCACACUUUUGAAGGGGCAGUGUACUCAUGACUUUUUUUUUAUCACCAGUCACCAAAUCCAGACUUGCUUUCUGAGGUGCUCCUGUGCGAUCGAUGCUCCAUGAGAUUACUGUUCUAAUGAGAUUCCGUGCGUGUUUUUGCGUUAUUUGGAAGGGUUGUGUUUAAUUGUGUCUUUUUUUCUUUUAGCUUAUGUAAAGUCGUAGAAGUGAAAAUAAAAUGUGUUACUCCAACAAUAGGACAGAGAUACUGCUGCUAAACAGCUAACACUGUAAAUCGACAACAACAAGAGCAUCACUGCCCAUGGGCACACACAGAUGAAAGCCAUUUGAGAAAAGAAAACUCAUAAAAUAGAAUGUGUACGUCAUUAAAAAUUAAAUGUUAUCUUUAGACAGCAUUGGUACCCUGUAUUGGUGGAAAUAUCUGUGUAUCCAUUCCUGUAAAGAAUCCACUGUUGGUUCAUAACUUGAACAGAGACACAUCUGAGGACAUUUCAAUUUAAAUCAAAAACCGUUUGAAUGACUAGAUUGAGCAGGUUUAAGGUAAAACUUCAUCAUUCAAUCUUCUUUGUGGCCCAAGUGAAUCAUAAUAAGCACUAUUAAUAAAAAAAGGCACAUUUUAUUUUUAUCUCUGAGAGAUCCUCCACUCAAAGGUGCAACAGUACCUACGGUCUUUAGGCUGUUAGUUUGAAUUGGUGCAAUGAUUGAUUUGGAUGUUUCAAUAAAAAAAAUGCUUUGUCUA